AUGAACGGCAUCAACGGCAACAUGGGCGGCGCGCCUCCCAUGCCCGCCGGCCCAACACCCGCCGGCCACCAAGCCGAGCUGAACUACAUCUACGGCAUGGUCGAGGAGCUGAGCCGCCAGCUCGCAGACAACCGCAGGGUGACGGAAGACAUUGUCAACGGCCUGGGCAAAGUGCGCAGCAAAGCCAAGAACCAGAACCUAUCCAACGACGAGUUAAUAGCCUCUGCGGCAUCCGAUCUCCAAGCCGAUUCCCAAAAUCUCGACACUCUCGUGUCCAUUCUCUCCGAGUCCCUCGAAAAGGCCAACUUUAGCCGCGAUGCCAACGCGGCGCUGCUGACGCAGUACGCCAACGUGCUGGCCCUCAUGCUCAAGCAGUUCCACGACUACAAGGCCAAGCACGUGGCCGACGUGGCCGCCUGGCACCGCUCGUACAGGGUGCAGCUCGACGAGGCGCGGCAGGAGAACAGCCGUCUACGCGAGCAGAUUUGGGAGAUGCAGACGCAUGCGAGCCGCGCCAACGAAAACCUGCGCCUGUUCCGCAGGAAGUACGACGAGGAUGCGAAGCGGUGGGAUAAGAGGGUCGAGGGCACAAGCAUGCGGCAGGAACUGCGCUUCUGGAAGAGAAUGGCCAUGCCGGAGUUGGACGACGACGACUCGUACUGGAGCGGCGAUGACGAUAUCAUUGACGAGGCUGAGAAAGAGAGGCUCCGCGACCUGGAGCAGAGGGCUGCGCAGGAGCAGCUGAUGGAGGGCCAGAUGGACGAGGAUGCUGGCGAGGCCCAGAUGCAGAGCGAACACGCGCAGAUGGGUAUGCAUGCAGGCGUCAUGGGCGGCAUCGCCAUGCAGAGGGAUGAGUCGGCGAGGGCGAUGCCGGUGCCGCCUCCGAGGCCGUUGAGUGCGGCGUCGAGUACCGGGUCGACGGGGCGCUAG